UUCGGGCUGGAGGGGCUGGUCAGCCGUCUGCAACGCUCCUGGAGGUGCGCUGGGGAUGUCUACCUGCUGGGCGCCACCAACUCCGGCAAGUCCACGCUGUUCAACACCCUGCUGCGCUCCGACUACUGCAAAUCCCGUGCCCCCGAUGUCGUCAACAGGGCCACCGUCUCCUCCUGGCCAGGAACGACACUGAACCUGUUGAAAUUUCCAAUUAUUAAUCCUACAUGUGACAGGAUAUUCCGAAGGGAGGAGAGGCUGAAAGAGGAGGCAACAAAAACAGAAGAUGAGCUAAGCAGUGAAGAAAAAAAGUACCUUAAUCACCUUAAAAAGCAUGGUUACUUAGUGGGAAGAGUUGGAAGGACAUUUCAACGGCCGAAGCCUAGCACUGUGGUUGAAUUUGACCCUGACGAGCUCUCAUACAGCAUCGAUGAAGAUCCCAGCCAUUCUCCUAAGAAGCGUGAGGAAAGGGAAGAGUUCACGUACAACGAAGUGAAGGAUGCUCGCUGGUGUUUUGACACUCCAGGGAUUGUAAAAGAAAACUGUGUUUUAAAUCUCCUGACAGAGAAAGAAGUAAAGCUGGUUUUGCCAACACAAGCCAUCGUCCCACGGACCUUCAUUCUCAAGCCAGGAAUGGUCUUGUUUUUAGCAGCCUUGGGACGUGUAGACUACUUAGAGGGAGAAAAGCCUGCCUGGUUUUCUGUCAUGGCUUCUAACCUGUUGCCAGUCCACAUUUCUACCCUGAGUAAGGUAGAUGCCGUCUACGAGAAGCAUGCUAGCCAAGAGUUACUAAAGGUUCCCAUGGGUGGGGAAGAGCGAAUGAAAGAGUUCCCCCCACUUGUCCCUGAGGACAUUACACUGAAAGGAGUUGGUACCACUGAGGCAGUUGCAGAUAUCAAGCUUUCCUCUGCAGGCUGGGUGGCAGUGACAGCUCACGCAGAAGAGAAAUUGCUGCUCCGAGCCUAUACUCCCAAGGGUACAGCAUUGGUGGUGCGGGAGCCUCCCCUUUUGCCGUACAUCAGUACCAUCAGAGGGGCCCGGAUCGCAGGGACUGCUGCCUAUAGGACCAAAAAGCCUCCUUCCGUGGUAGAAAACCUGAAAACCACAGGGAGGAGAUAGUGCUUCUCAUCAUCUGAGCAAGGCAGAAGACAGA